AUGAAUGAAGAGGUGCUGAAAGAAAUGGUGGAAGCGGAUAUUCCACCGGCAACGGAUUUUCUUGAAUGGUUCCUGCAUUACUUCAAGAAGCUAGACAAUCAUCAACAGCGCUCACUGGAAGCCUUCGCACAGUACUUCAUUGGUUUUAUUCGAGGACAAACGGAGCUUUCGCUAAAGCACGCUCCACCACGAUGUGACACACCAAGAAAGGCCUCGACCGGUAGCGUAUACGAGCCUGACCCGUCCGUUCGGCAGCGGAAGCUGUCAAUCAACGACGGCUCCUGUUACCAAACGUCCGGUGGUGUCCCCUGCGCAUCGACGCCAACCGACGAAGGUCGCCAACCGACAAAUAGGGCCAGCGAACCUGACACCACCGGCACACCGGUACAUUCGAUAGCGCGCAGGCUCUGCGACAACCCUGGUGGUCCGUCCGAUGCCAUUUUGGCAGGCCUCGAUAGUAAGACCCUCGAGCAUGGCAUCAUCGACGAGAAGGAUGGCGACUUUUCGACACCGAAGCGCCAACAGAAGGUGUCAGCGAACGGUUUGGUUGGUUCCACACCCGGCAGCAAUCCCCCAGAGGUCGCUUUCUCAACGCCUGUGCGUAGUGGAAAUGCCACACGAAGCGGUUCCAGCAGUAUGCUGCUGUCCUUUACCAGCACUCCGAUCGCGGGCAGUGGCCGCGGGAAAUCGGCAACUCCGCAAGGAUCGAUGCGCAACAAAAGCCUCGGAGUUUCCGGCCUAUCUCCGAACGUGGCUGGGGAUGGUGGGAAUGCUGUUGGACGACGAAAUAAAACCAGCUCUCCUGCUCUCCUGACCGACACAUCCGCUGGCACACAUCCACCGAAAGCUCACAGGAACCGUCGUUCGCCGUUUGCGGGCAAUAAUAGCAGCGGCAACAGCAGCUCCCUGUUCCAGGAUGAUGACUUUCCGCAACUGAAUGACACGUUGGGCAGCAAAGACCCACCCGGUGAUGCUGAUGGUGGAAAAAAGCGACUUUCACUGACCGCCAAAACGGUCCCCCUGGAACCGCAACAGGAUGCCACACCCGAUGGGGGAGCUGGAAAAAAGCCACAACGGAGGCGUAUCGCACCAACCACCGUAAGCCGGUUCACAUCCGGACGCCAUGACUUCAGUUCGUCCUCAAUCCGAUCGGAAAACAAUCUCAUGAGCGCCGUAAGCUUCGAGGGAGGUACCAGCCAGGAUCCUCGGGGCAUGUUGCGCAACCUGAAGGACAAAAUCCGAAACGAUUUCCAGGCGGAACAAGCGCACCUUCCGCGAAGUGUCGUACGAGCGAAACAAUCACUGCACGCAUCCUUCAGCCAACUCGAGGAAGGCAAAACCGCUUCUGCACCACCGGAAAAUAUUGUGCGUGACCUUGUGACCUCUACCGAAGCAGGGGAAGUGCCGGGCGUGACACUGAUACUGACGAUCGACUUCGCAAAGGUCACCGAAAAACGCACCAUUGAUCGGUUGGUGGCGAUCUACGCGCUGCUGAUGGAUUUGAACCUCGUGCCAAACCUACUGAACGAGCUCGCCUACCUGAUCAAUCUCGUCAACACGGAGCGGAACAUGCCACCGCAUUCCCAACCGACGGUGGAAGAUCUCACGUCCACUUCCACCGAUACGGAACACCUCCAGAAUGUCCUCCACAGCCCGCACAACUGCGUGUACUUUGCGGCGGAAGUGCUCUACCGUCAGCGGGUGCUUCUGGCGCUGCUUGACAGCACCUCGUUGCGUGUAGUGGUGGAAAACGAGCAGCUGGUUGCGGUCCACCCGGUGUUGAUUGGUUUCCUGCGUGAUAUGCUCGUGCGAAAGGUGAAACUCGAGCAGCAGGCAGCCAACAGCACGGAUCUGCUGGCGAACAGCAGCAGCAUCACGAACGUGUUCUACCAGCAGGAGGAUGACACGAAGGAUCACUUUCCUUCCGGCAAGGAGUUUAACGCGUUCAACAAACAGCGGGACGCUUUUUAUGUCAUGCUGAGAACAUGGGAACAUGACCACCUGAACCCGGCGUGGGAGUUUGAAGCGAAACUUGGCCCGAAGGUGCGAGCAAUGCUGGACAUUUCCCAUCACCCAAUCAAUAUGGCCCAUCUGGCGAAACUGUUCAAAUCCCAGCUGAUAAUAUCGUUCAACUUCGAUAACUCCACCAGCGAGCUUCAAAUGGCGCUUCCCAACAUCGACCUGACGAAGCUCUCGAAGCUGCGCCAACGGCUGGUAGCGCCGAGCGUUUUCUCCACCCAGUACCUGUUCCCCGGCAGUCAGAUGUUUUUCCGCGACUUUAUCCUUGCCAGCGAAAACUAUCCCGCAUUCGUCGAGCAGCUGAAAGCCGGCCUCGUUCACGAGCUGCUGCAGAUGAACGGUUCAUCGUACGAACUGUUCAACAUAUCCGAAUCGGAGAGCAAAAGUCGCCCGGAGUACGUGGUACGCCCAGAAACAAUCGCCACGAUGCGCGUGUUGGCCAAAUUCCUCGGUUUCAUCAUCGCACGCCCGUUCCAGUACGAAGGAUGCGAAAGCACGCUGGUGAAAAACCGUCAAAUCGAGCUGCGUAAUAUGUUGUUGCCCCCGUUUGACGUGAAACCGGUACUGUUGAGCUCCGUCGUCGAGCGAAAGCUGAUUAUAACCAUUCCUUGGCUUGUGCAGUACUUAAGCAUGCUCGAUAUGGUGACACUGCGCUUACGCUACUACGAGGAACUCUUUCGGAUGCUGCACGAAAUCUACAAAGCCACCGCCAUGUGCGGUGCAACAGCAACCAAUCGGGAUUUGUUCCUCAUCCCGACGGCGAAGUUUAUUGUCCGAUCCAGCCUGGACUGGCUGUUCGAUCAGUCGAAUGUUCCGGAGGAGUAUUACAACUCUUCCGAGCUCACCGGUGGUCCCGCGUCGGAUAGUGUCUCGAAGCUAAUUACCACCGUUGCUACACGAUCUCAGCACGUCGACAAUGACGGAAACCCCAUCGACAAACCCAUUGUGUUCAGUGCACUGCUGGAAAACGUGCUUAGUGCUGCUUGUCCCUUCCUAGCUGAUUUUCGCGUCUCCGUCAUGCCGUCUCGGGUGGAGAAAACUGUGUCCCGCACAGGACGCUAUCGGCAUAUAACGACGCGCUACUCCGGGCUCGUAUCACAGCAGCAAGCCAGUAGUACAGCUAACGAAACUCUGGCCAAGAUUGACACCUCCGUUAACGUAUCUUCGACGAGUGUUGGUCACGACCACUCAAAAGUGUCUCCCGGAAAUGCUCAACAGCGCUUGGUGGAGGCAUUUCUGCAAUCGCAAAGCCAUUCCAUACGCAGAACAGUGGAGCUGAUCAUCGAUCGCACUACCUCGGCGGUGAUAAAAGAUUUCCAGAUGCUCUAUUUGCUGCCGGAGAAAAAAGCGGUCCACGAGCGUGUGGCGGGUGUGUGCGCAACAACGCUGCAGGACACGACACGACAAAUCCAAAGCAUCUGCGAUAAGGCACUGAACUACAUUAACAAUACCUGGGAGAGACACGUGCCAAAAAUGCUAAACAAACGAAUUACGGAGUCAUUUGAUGCAUUGCUCCCCGCGGAAACCAUAGACACGGUGCGGAUGGUGUGCAAAAAUAUUACGCUAGAAAAGUGCCUACAGAAGUCUAUCGAAUGGCGUCAGUCGUCCAUCUCAGAUACAGAAGUAUUUUGUAAAAAUGUUCCAACGGAAGCACAAAGCUUACUCAACAAAUCUCAACAGCAGCAGCAACAGCAGCUUUCGUUUAAGGCGUUAUCAACAAACGGAAACCAAACGGAACUGGUGAUUUCGGAAAGCUGUCCCAUCAUGCCUUCCACUUUCUACGCGAAGCUUCAAAUGCUUGUGCAUUUAGCUGCGGCCAGCCCGGAACGAAUAACCAGAAGCGAGCUGGAUGAGUUUCUUACGCUAUCUCUUAGUUUUCUCGACGAGCCUGGUCUGACCACGACGCCGAUGAUGAACCGCAUAAUGGCGUUCAUGUUGCUGCAGUUGUUUCUAUUAUUAAUAAAAUCGCGUUGUGAUUUGUGCAUAGCCGAGCUUUUCGAACGUGCGGUUCGAAUUUGGAAACAUCCCAAACUGGCUCGCUUCUGUUUGCCACCGGCACCGGAAUCGGACGAUAAUACCUCACCAUCGUCCCCGAUGCAGGAGCGAUCAUUCGUAUAUCCUACGCAAAUCGAACAGUACCGUCGUAAGCGGUUGCAACGAGAUGCCAAUUACGUGUUUUCCCAUUUGAUAAGCAAUCGUUAUAUUCGUAUGUUGGAGGAAAAUACUGCGCCUGCCUCCAAUUACGAAAUUUACGCAGAUUUUAUCAUCACUCUUCUUGAUGCCGAAAUUGUUACAAAAGAUGUUUUGAAUGAACAAUUUGUAGCCAUCUUCAACGACGAAUGGUCGAAGCCAACUCUGGACCGUGUUUUGGUUGUUAUUAACCGAGUAAUGCAAAAAAGUGAUCAAUCUACGCGACCUGGCCACAACAUAGACGAUUCGCACACGGAAAUGUUUAUGGCGAUGCUUUCCGAUUUAGCGCGAGACAUAACAGAUCUUUGA